GUUCCUGGGUAACAGAGCCACCUUCUGCGUCCUGCUGAGCUCUGUUCUCUCCAGCACUUCCCGACCCCUAGUGCCCGGUACUCUUGCUCUACCAGGAACAAGCCAUCAUGUCUCGCCAGUCGAGUGUAUCCUUCCGGAGUGGAGGCGGCCGGAGCUUCAGCACUGCCUCUGCCAUUACUCCGUCUGUCUCCCGCACCAGCUUCACGUCCGUGUCCCGGUCCGGGGGUGGCGGUGGCGGCUUUGGCAGGGUCAGCCUAGGGGGUGCCUGCGGAGCGGGUGGCUACGGCAGCCGGAGCCUGUACAACCUGGGGGGCUCCAAGAGGGUCUCCAUCAGCACGAGCGGUGGCACCUUCAGGAACCGAUUUGGUGCAGGUGCAGGUGCUGGAGGCGGCUAUGGCUUCGGAGGUGGAGCUGGGAGUGGAUUUGGUUUUGGCGGUGGAGCUGGUGGAGGCUUUGGGCUCGGUGGUGGUGCUGGCUUUGGAGGAGGCUUCGGUGGUCCUGGCUUCCCCUAUGGCUUCGGAGGUGGAGCUGGGAGUGGAUUUGGUUUUGGCGGUGGAGCUGGUGGAGGCUUUGGGCUCGGUGGUGGUGCUGGCUUUGGAGGAGGCUUCGGUGGUCCUGGCUUCCCUGUGUGCCCCCCUGGAGGCAUCCAAGAGGUCACCGUCAACCAGAGCCUCCUGACCCCCCUCAACCUGCAAAUCGACCCCGCCAUCCAGCGGGUGCGGACGGAGGAGCGCGAGCAGAUCAAGACCCUCAACAACAAGUUCGCCUCGUUCAUCGACAAGGUGCGGUUCCUGGAGCAGCAGAACAAGGUCCUGGACACCAAGUGGACUCUGCUCCAGGAGCAGGGCACCAAGACCGUGAGGCAGAACCUGGAGCCCUUGUUUGAGCAGUACAUCAACAACCUCAGGAGACAGCUGGACAGCAUCCUGGGCGAGAGGGGCCGCCUGGACUCGGAGCUGAGGAACAUGCAGGACCUGGUGGAGGACUUCAAGAACAAGUACGAAGAUGAAAUCAACAAGCGUACCACCGCUGAGAAUGAGUUUGUAAUGCUGAAGAAGGAUGUGGACGCUGCCUACAUGAACAAGGUGGAGCUAGAGGCCAAGGUCGAUGCCCUGAUGGAUGAGAUCAACUUCAUGAAGAUGUUCUUUGAGGCGGAGCUGUCCCAGAUGCAGACCCACGUCUCAGACACAUCCGUGGUGCUGUCCAUGGACAACAACCGCUCCCUGGACCUGGACAGCAUCAUCUCUGAGGUCAAAGCCCAGUAUGAGGAGAUUGCCAACCGUAGCCGGACAGAAGCCGAGUCCUGGUACCAGACCAAGUAUGAAGAGCUGCAGCAGACAGCGGGCCGGCAUGGGGAUGAUCUCCGCAACACCAAGCAAGAGAUCUCCGAGAUGAACCGGAUGAUCCAGAGGCUGAGAGCUGAGAUCGACAAUGUCAAGAAGCAGUGCGCCAACCUGCAGAACGCCAUCGCGGAUGCCGAGCAGCGUGGGGAGCUGGCCCUCAAGGACGCCAAGAAUAAGUUGGCCGAGCUGGAGGACGCCCUGCAGAAGGCCAAGCAGGACAUGGCCCGCCUGUUGCGCGAGUACCAGGAGCUCAUGAACACCAAGCUGGCCCUGGACGUGGAGAUCGCCACCUAUAGAAAGCUGCUGGAGGGCGAGGAGUGCAGACUGAGUGGAGAAGGAGUUGGACCAGUCAACAUCUCUGUCAUCACAAACAGCGUGUCCUCUGCCUAUGGCGGCGGCAGUGGCUUUGGCGGUGGCCUCGGUGGAGGUCUUGGUGGAGGUCUUGGCGGUGGUCUUGGAGGAGGUGGCGGCGGAAGCUACUACUCCAGCAGCAGUGGAGGCGUUGGCCUGGGCGGCGGGCUUAGUGUGGGGGGCUCUGGCUUCAGUGCAGGCAGUGGCCGAAGCCUGGGGAUGGGCUUUGGCAGUGGUGGGGGCAGUAGCUCCAGUGUGAAGUUUGUCUCCACCACCUCCUCUUCCCGGAAGAGCUUCAAGAGCUAAGAGCCUGAUGCAAGUCACUGCCUCCCAAGAGCAGCAACCCAGCCUGUGGUUACUGCCUCUUCCAGGUGGUUGCCCAAGCCAAGUUUUUUUUUUCUGGAGUGUGGUCUAGUCCAAUGUAUUGCAGAGUAGCAUUCUUGGUUCCUGGAAGGGUCCAAUCCCCGGUCUCUAGUCUCCCAUAUUGUGAUUCUAUGCUCUGCUUCAAAUCAGCCUUUAGAUCUCUAUAGCAUGGUCCUCAAGAGAAGAAUCCAAAGUUUCCUAGUAUCUAAACCUUCAGACCAGGGUCCCCAUCCAUAUCCCAAAUUUUGAUCUGGUUCUGACUACCUCCAGAGUGUGUUCAAUAAAAUGCUUUUAUAAUAUAA